AUGGCGCCGGGCAUACUUCAGCUCGUUCUAAUCGCGGCGUUGUACUCCGUAGAUCCAUGGGCAGUUCACUGUCAGACGCUGCAAACAUACUGCAGAGACGUAGAAUACACUUCAACGAUCGUUUGUCCGACUUAUCGCACGAAAGUGUGCCUGAGCUCCCUGACGGUGCCGCCUGUCGAUGUGAUACAACAGAUUCCGCAGAAGUCUCUAGAUCUCAGCACUUGUUACUCUGUAGCUGCGAGCAUGUGCAGUCAGAUCGGCUCGACCUUCACCACAUACGUCUCCGACUGCAAACUUUGGGGUUGCUAUGGCAGCCCUGCCCAAUGCGAGGUUGACAGCGAUUGUACCAAAGAAGCUCAGAAUGCAAUUCAAGUGAAUUUCUUGAACUGCGCAUGGGACCUCAACCAAGUUCAGCGCGGGUGUGAUGUUGUUCCUGCUUCAUGGCUGGCACAACACAACACCCAGUGCCUGUCCAACGACGUCGCGCCAGUGAUCAAGAAAGAUACUUUUUCUCAUGCUUCCGACUUCCUCUCCUUCACCUCGAAGCUGAGGGAUGGAGUCCCUCUGUAUGACAAGCACGUGGAGGCCGUUGACACCAAGGCAGGCAUACUCGAUCUGAUUUUACAGGACAGAAUCGGCAAUCUUAAUGCAAGGUGGAAGGGCAGUGGAUACGCAGACAAGCUUGUUCAGAUCGCUACCUUGAUCGUUUUCAUUCUUCCCGUCACCAGCUUCACCGUGAUAGGCUGCAUUUCUUGUUCCAAGUCGCUGGACGAAUACUCCACUAGAGCGAAUUCGUUCUUGAAAGUCUUCAACACAUUGAUAAGUUAUGGUUUCUACUUCAACACAACUAUCGACACGGUCCUCGGCAGUCAAAACAGCAAUGGGCUGUUGUAUGACACGCUCUUGAGUUCAUCGUCGAUCUUUGCAGACUCUUACCUGAUCUCCAAGUAUCGACAAGACCUUUCCACUGACCUCAACAACAUUUACUUGAAACUUGAUGCCUGGUCGAGCAUCAACAUCUCCAGUGCUGUCACCAUCAAUCCGCUGAAAGAGGGGGUCAAGACUUUCAAUGCUACUCUGAUGGGACGGACAAUCCCUUCCUUCCAGUUGAACAGACCCAUCACAGCUGUAGUCAAGGUCAUUGCGAGACAACCGCUGUUGAAGGCGAUCUACAUCUUACAAGCAGCAAACUCUACUCUCACAAAGUAUGGCGACGGGUACGCGACAGACGUGAAGCCAUACGUCAAGAAGCUCAAUCAAAUCUUCAUGAUAACCAUCCUCGGACUAUUCAUCCUCACCUUCUUUACAAACGCUCUGCUCCCCUUUAUCAAUCUCUUCCUGGGCAGCAAGGCCAAGCAUAUCUGGGUGUACUGCGUGAGUGUUGUGCUCGCAAGUCUCUACUGGAUUUCCCUGGGGUCGCUCUAUCCCGUCGCCGAGCUCCUCGGCUCCUUCUGCGACCUUCUCCCCAGCGUCUCUCCGGAGAAGGGCGUCACGCUCCUGACGGCUGCCUUCGGCGCUGUGUACGCUCCUACCUCAACCAAGUUGUUCUCCUCAUGCCUGGGAUCGACCAACGCGUACGGGUCGAGCAUGUUUCAAGUCUUGGAUGUGAACGAGACGGCGGUGAACCAAUCCUUCGAUCCCUUUCGCCUUCGAAAUCAAGUCUCUUGUUCUUGUGUGCUUGUCUCAUCUGCUCUGACGCUCUCUCAGGUCGACAUCGCAGCUAUUCAAACUCUCAUCUCUGACUCGAAGGCCGGCAUCUUCAACGCCAGCAGCGAACUGAAUCUCCUCUACAACGAACUGUCCCUGAGCAAUGCAAACGGCUCUGAGUGUGCUGACAUCACUGUUGCUCGUUGCAUAUCAGAAGCAGCCACUUGUCAGUCCUCAGGUUUCCCGCAAGGCGAUCUCGCUAUCAGCUCGUCAAACUAUCAGUGCGACACUUGCUCGCCAUGCGCCGGAAGCUGCAAGACAGUCUGCAUGUGCUGUCAGACACUGAUGAUCCUUGACGAGGCCAAACUGAUUGUGGCUAAAGCAAUCAAUGACUUGGCUCUCCUCAACACCUCCAUCCUGCAGCUCCAGAAAAACGUCUCGAUCCAGUCAGACGCGUCUAAGCCAGGCUCACUUGAGAACAAACUUGACCUGCUGAGAAAGAGGGUGCUGGACUUGAACGUGAGCUGCGUGGACGGAGUCUUUGGGGUUAGAGAUGACUACCUCAGCUUCGUCAGCCUCGUCUGCACCGGCUUUCUGUCCGACUACGAUAUGGUUUGGCUCUGUUGCGCCUUGUUCGCAGUCUUGCUCCAAUGGAUGCCUUUGUUCAUGUGGAAGGCCCACGAGUGGAAACAGAAGGACAAGAAGCUCGCAACUGAUCCCGACGGCUCCUCCCAGCCGCAGACUCCUCGGUCCAUGGAGCCAAACCCACUGCAAGUCGCCCUCUAUCCUCGACGGUCGGACAGCUUCAGCAAGGGAGGGCUCAAUCCUCCUACCCCACCGAGGCUCAUGUUGCCCUACUACAGCGAGAGCUAUGCUCCCAUGGAUCGCACGAGCAUGGACCAGCAGCGCUCGAACUCCUUCGACUAUCCUCCCGGCUUCGAGACGAUCUACCCAACCCAGAUGUACCCGGAGUCUCCGAGGUACUACGACUCGUUCGACCGGUUCGAUCAGAGGCAUCGCAACCAGUUCCCGUCAGGAGCAUAUACCAUGGAGCCGCCCUCGACCACCACCGCUCAGUUCGUCGCCUUGAACCCUGAAUCGUCAUCCUACUGGAACGGCCCGGACACAGCCAUGACGUGA